GGAGACAGCAGCAGGGGAACUGCAAGUAGGGUACAAAAGAGAGCCAGGGAGAGGUGGAGCGGACAGCAGCGGCAGCCUCUGCCUCUCCAGCGGGCAGAGGGACAGGGGCGCUCUCCUUCACCUUUGCUGCCCUCACCCUGUCUGUGUAUUUAUAGGAUUUCCUACUCCCCCCCUCUCCCCACUGGAAAGUUUAACCAGCCUUUAAGAAAACCGUCUUUGCUGCUUCUCCAGCGCUGCCGGAUCCUUUGCAUCUCCCAAGCCAAGCAGCAGAGACUCGCAUCCGAUCCUCAGUGACAAGAAGGAGGAAGGUUACAAGGCUAGCUGCAGAGCUCCCUCGCUCUCUCCCUCGCUCGCUUUCUCCUCGGAGGGGCAGAAAGAACAUGAGCAGGACAAGUGGAAACUCUCUCUUCUGGGUUUUCUCCUACCUCUGCCUGGGGACGUUGGUUUCUCUGACGGAUGCCAAAGGGACCUAUUACCACCACCCCGCCCCUGUCUCUUACAGUAACAGAUACAAUCUUUAUACCUCAGGAUCUAGCCCUCAGCUCAGCCCCGGGAAGCCCAUGGGGAAGCACAAGAGCUACUGUGCAUACGUGGUGCAGAGAAAUGUGACAUGCACCCUGCAGGAUGGGGUGGAGAGCUACGUGAAGGCCGAAUAUCACAAGUGCAGCUGGGGGCCCAAGUGCCCAGGGAAAGUCCUGUACCGCACCUUCUACAGACCCAAGUACAAGAUUGGCUACAAGACAGUGACUGAGCUGGCAUGGAGGUGCUGCCCAGGACUCAUGGGAGAAGGGUGCCAUGACAGCCCUACUGACCAACCAGGCCUGCUGCCCCAGCGCCCCAGCCCUAAGAUUCCUCCUGGUCACAAGAUGUUUCCAGGUCCUAGAGUUCCUCCCCAUCCCCAAAUCCACCCUGAGCCGUUUCCAAGUCCAAAGAAGAACCACUAUGGCAGGAAGAUGCCUGGCAUCUUUGGGGACAGGCUGGACCGGCUGGAAGAGGAGGUAAGGCGCCUCUCGCAGUCCUACGACAGCCUGCACAAUGUGGUGAGCGGCCUGGGGGAUCACCUGCGUCUGGCCAUCCAGGAGGAUACCAACAAGAUGAUCGGGUCUCUGAUGAACAGCCCAAGCGUGCCCGACUCAACAGUGGGCUUUGGGGUCAUUCCCGAUGGGAUUGUGGAUGUGGCUGACAAGGCGGACAUCACCACCUAUCCACCCGUGGGUGAGAUCCUGGCCAAGGUGAGCGAGGUGAGCGACGUGCUGAAGACCAAGACAGAUUUGCUCAAUGAGGUGCACGGCCUGGUCCUGGACCAUGACGGGCAGAUCAAACACCUGCUGGAGUCAGCUAGGCCAUCACCCCUCACCUCCAUCGACAUGUUGGAGGAGUAUGUGGACACCCGGCUGAGCAACCUGCGAGCAGAGAUGCUGGAUGGCUUUGAGAAGAAGCUGGUGAAAAUCCAGAGCACAUGCGACUUCAGGAUCAAGGAGGUGCAGCAGCAGUGUGAAGAGGAGAAAGCUGCCAACUUGCGGCUACAGCAGACCCUGGACGGCAAGGAACUGGAGAUCAAGAAGGAGAUCUCCCAGCUAGAGACCCAGAUCCAAGGGUUGACCGUGGUGGAGAGCUGCUGCGGCAACCUGAACUACCUCACCGAGCGCAUGGACAUCCUGGAGAAGGGCCUGCACAGCAUCUCUGAGUCCCAGAAGAACCUACACUCACAGCUCAAUGGUGAGUUCUCCACCAUCACCCUGGGGAGCCUUGUUGAAGGGCGCUUCGAGGACCUGGAGGCGAGGCUCAAUGCUACAGAGAGAGAGACUGGCAGCUGCUGCUCCAGCUUGGAGGACAGCAUGAUGGGCCUGGUGGGGUCAGAAUUGGAUGGUGUGAGGACCUCGUUUGAGGACAAAAUGAGGACCUUGGAGGACAGGUUCAUGACCAUUGUGGGGGAGCUGAGCAAUGUCAGUGCCCCAGCGGGUCUGGAUGAAGCCAUGAUGCCCUUGCUGGAGGGAGAGCUUGCCAACAUGAGGAAGCAGACAGACGAAAGACUGGAGGUGCUGCAGAGCCGGCUCACCACCCUGGAGAGCACCUGCUUACUAGGCUGUGCCUCUGCUUCCAAAGAUGUGGAGACUUUCCGGACUGAAAUUGAGGACUGCCAGAGCAAGAACCAGGAUCUGCUGCUCAGAAUGGACAGUAACAACGACCUCCUGCGCAAGUUGAAUACCACCAUCCUGGAGAUCCAGAGGCGGAUUGAGGAGGAGGCAGCCGGCUCGCUGCAAGGCGAGAUCACCCUGCUCAAGAUCAACCUGAAUACCGUGAGCAAAUCCCUGACAGGGCUCAAGGACUCUGUCUCCCAGUACUCCAACACCGUGCUGCACGUCAACUCUUCACUGGACGAACACGAGCGCAAGAUAGAGGACGAGGUGCACUCCAUUCAGGAGAAGGUCAGCGACCAAGGCUCGCAGCUCAUCUUCAGCAACAAGCGCGUCCUGAACCUGAAAGGCGAUCUGGAGAGACUCAAAGCGAGGAUCGUGAAUGACCUAAGCAACUGCAAGAACGCCGCACACGUCCUGCAGAAGGAAGUGGCCCAGUUCGACAGCCGUGUGGCCCAGGUGGAAAACAUGUGCGGUGGGCUUGGUGCCAUGACGGGGAGCCUGGACAUCAUCCGUGAUGAGCUGGAGAAGCACACAGGCAGCCUGUGGGGCUACAUGGACCAUAUGAACGGGACUUUGGCCGCCCACUCUCAGGAAAUAACUGUACUGAAGGACAACUUGCUGGAUUGCCAGGCCAAAGUGACAGAGCUGGCCGAACAGGUUACCCACUUGGAAGGCGCUUUAGAGGGGAAGCAGCAUUAGCUAUACCGAAACCCACCUCUCUUUAUCCUUGAAGAACAGAAUUAACUUAUAUCACACAGACUCUACUGUGACAAUGGGUUGUUGUUUUUUUUUUUAAAUAUAAAUGGAAAGCUGCUAUAAUCCCUUCUCCCAUUUCUUUAAUUUUUUUUUUCUUGCCUGAAAAAAGUGAAACCCUACAGCCCAAGUCAUCCCUUUGCCAUACUGAACUGGACUGGACUUGAUAUCCCUUCUUGUCACUUAGCAGCUGUCCUAACAACAUAGGAGAUCCUGGUCAUAGCUGGUGGUUGUUAUGUAGCUGUGACCCAGGAAUGACAGUUCAGGACCAAGCUCAAGGCAGAAUCAUUUUGGAGGAUUGAUUGCUUUGGAAAGAAUAAAACUCUGUAUUUGUAAGGCAGGAUGGACAAACUCUGUUCCUAAAGGAUCACAUGCAUCUUACCCACUGGGGCAAAGAGAUAGUCAGGGACCCACCUUUGUAACAUCCACCUGGGGAUAGUUGGAUUUUAACAGGGAAAGCCUUCUAGCAUAUACCCUGGGGAAUUUUAUUCCCCUUUUUGACACAAUGGCUUCCAUUCUAUUAAUCUGAGCCCAGGUUUCUGUCUCUCAACUAAUGCCUAAGCCAAUUUAAAAUUAGAUGCAUUCCCCAUCCACCCACCCCUUUUGACAGGCAUAGUAGGGGGAUAUGCAUGAAGACAACAUAGGUCUAUAAACAACCCUCUUCCUCCCCUGCUACUCCUGAGUGUAGCGCCUUUGCUCAGCUUCCUCCAUCUUGCCAGUUGUGCUAUGGAGCACACAGUGUGACCUGUUAGAGAUUCAACUAGUUUAAGCGUGGCAUUUGGGGGAGUCCAUUUUAGGACUGUACUGGGCCUGAAUUUAAUAAGAACAAGGGGUCCUGUGUGUUUGCAGGCCAAGGACUGCAAAUUGGACACAGCUCUUUGCUUGUUGCCUAAGUCACAUUGGAACCCAGGUCUCCAAAGAUGAAAACCCAGGGCAUUAAGCCAUGAUGCCCCCCCCAGCCCUGCGGAGUAAUUUAAGCAAUAAUGGGGAUAUGUGCAGGUGCUCUUAUCCCAUAAAUGGCUUUACUUCCCACGAUACUCCAGGUAUAGAUUUGGAGAAAUAGGAUUUAUCUGUUCCUAGGCUGCACAGGGCAACGUGUGUUCAUGUCCACUAUCCCAUCGUCACAUAGACAGGAGUGGGCAACUGGGAUCACAUUCACUUCACAUACUCCAGGGCCCCUGAAAGCCUUCUUGGCUAUGCGACUUCCCUAGAGAGGGACUUCCUUUGUCAAGUGCAGGCAGGAGGCGAAGGUAAGGGCAAGUCUCUCACAGUGCCUUUGAAAGCAGAACCCUUCCUGGAGGGCGGGGGGAUGUUAAUCAAGGGAAGCUCAACUCAGCAGCAUCAUUUGGAAGAUCUCCACAUUUCAUCCAGUUUUCCAGCUGGGCUGGAUGAGGCACAAAGGAGCCCAGUGAGGCAUCAGAUCCUUGAGUGGUUCUGGUGAGCUAGGAACGGGGAUUCACCCCACAGUGGAACCAGGAGGUGCCGGGGGCCCUCUACUCCCAUGUCUGGGCCAUUUCACCUUAGUACUAUGGCACGUUUGUGACAUCCAAGGACUUGAUUCUGGUACUCAGACUGGCAGGAGAGUUCCUCUGCUACAAGCUAUCGCCCAAGAAACAAGGGAAAGGUUAAACUCCAGUUUCACAUAGAGCACACGGACUGACGAACUAGCAGGAACCCCCUCUGCACAGACUGCAGUGAUGGAGGACAAAACCCGGCUACCCUUCGGCUAUGGCCAAGGUUGCUUGGCUAGGUUGGAUUUGGUCACCGUGAAAAGAAAGCGGAGUGUCUAUUUCAGCUACACUGGCAUUUGGGGGAGGUGGGGGAGAAAGCUACCACUGUACAUGCUAUUCAUGGCUUUAAUUUAAUCUCUCACACUAGGCCUGCUUCAGUUCUUCUCUUCACCUGCUGCCACCGCAGCCCUGGGCCCCGACUUUCCUCCCCAUCGCCCUCUUCCACUCAUUUUUGGGCAUUCUCAUCCCUUGUCUCCUCCUAUUACCACAUUUCUUCCCUGUAGUGUAACCCAUUGCACCUGAGAGUCAGGCAGAGGCUGAAACUGGCUCUGAAGAAAACACCCCCUUUGCUCCAUUUCCUCAUUAAGCACAUAGUAGCAACUUGCCACACAGAACAGCUGGAAACAGCCUUUCCCAUGUGAUACAGCUUUAACCUGAGCCCCGGCCUGGGAGGGAAGAGCAUUCCCCCUUUUACUGAAUAGCUGGGGAUGCAGAGCUCAGAGAGGAAGGUAGUGAGAGGAGCACUGACCAAGGGUGCCCCCUGAGACCAUACAUGUUCACAAAUCCAUGACUACUCCACCCUUUACCAGCUGGGCUUUCAGUGCUGCAUGGAAUCAGGCACUUCUCCAUGCCUGUACUCAGCAAGGACAGUGGACUAACAAAGGUGAGAGAUGUCUCUCCACGGGGUGGGAAAGAGGCCCUAGAGCAAAGCUGGACCAUCUCCUGGCCACCACAGAAAAAUCCCUUCUCAGCCCAUGACUACCUUUAGCUCUCUCGACCCAGAGAAGUAACUUACAGAUUGUGCUCUCUGUACUGCUCUAUGCUUCCAGAUAGCCCUGUAGCAGUAGUUCUCAACCAGGGGUCUGGGGCCCCCUGGGGGGCCACAAGCAGGUUUCAGGGGGUCUGCCAAGCAAGGCCAGUGUUAGACUUGCUGGGGCCCCAGUCAGAAAGCCAAAGCCCCACCCCAAAGCUGAACCCUGGGGCCCUGAACCCCACCAACUGGGGCUGAAGCCAAAGCCUGAGCACCUUAGCUUCGAGGGAGCCCCGGUGGUAUGGAGCCCCAGGUGACCAAUUAAGAGAAAGAUAAGCUUGAUAGUAGGAGAUUUGUUUUAUCUAUAGCCAGUGUGAUAGUCUGCAUUUCCAAAUAGCAAGUGGCUGAGGGGAGCAGCUCCCUGGAGGUCAGAGGGAAAGUAGGCUCUUAAAGCUAACACAAGGUGGGAGGAGGAUAGUUUCAGAUAGGGCAGGGGGAGAAGCAGUGGGGAGGCAUGUUGAUCUCUCAGAAAUGGUGCUAUAUUUGAACUCCUUUCCGGCCAGUCACUUGAAGACGCUGACAGUUUGUAGGUCUGUUCUUGGACCAUCGAGUUUAAAAGCUAAGUAACAUGAUGUUUAAAUGGGCAUUUGGUGCUUUCGAAGGAGGAAUCGGAUUGUACCUGCAUCUUCGCUCCCUGUUGGAGGCGGGGGGUUCUGGGGCAGUUGUGAAAUCCCAUUAAAGUCCAUUUUGAGUUGUUUUUAAAAACUUUGUAUAUUUGUUCAGAUGUUAAAGCUGAAAGACAGUUUGUACUAAGAACAAAAAAUAAAACUUCUUGCUGAG